CAAUCUUCCCUCCAACAUUUAUCACAACACAAACUAAAAAUUCCCUCCUUCCCUCGUUUUCUGCUCUUCCGCCAUCUCCUUCCCCUAACCCCCACUUUCCCUCAAAAACCCAAAUUCCGCCCCACUCUCCCUCUCUCUCUAAACUCCUUCACUUUCUCUCUCUAGCCUUCCCCUCAGAUCCCUCACUCCCGGCCACCGCCGUUACGAUUCCCCACCGAUUCCUCUCAGCUCAACUUCCCUUUUCCGAUGUCCGGCGGCGCCCCUGCCUCCUCCCACCCACCGCCUCCCUCCGCGGGGGCAGCCCCCGCGCCGUCAUCCGCACCGAUUCUUCCUCCCCUCAGGCGCCACCUCGCUUUCGUCUCGAUGAAGCCGCCAUUUAUGGCCCCCGACGAUUACCAUCGUUUCACUUCUCCCGCUGCCCCCUCUAAGGUCGCCGAUCGGGAAGCUGAAGCUAUCGUCGUGAGAUCUCCAUUGAAAAGAAAGAUCAGACUAGAUGAUAAUGGAAUUGAUUCCAGCAAGGUUGCAAGCAGUCCCGGACAGACUGAUGCAUCUAGUAGUCCUUAUCACACCCCGGUAUCUGCUGCGAAAGGGGGGAGAACAAACAACAGGGCUAAGUCGACAAAGAGUAAUAAAUCGGUUCCUCAGACGCCAGUUUCAAAUCCUGACAUUGCAGGUUCCCCAUCUGCACUUACUCCUGCUGGCAGCUGCCGCUAUGAUAGUUCCUUAGGUCUCUUAACUAAGAAGUUCGUCAAACUAAUAAGGGAGGCAGAAGAUGGGAUUAUUGAUCUUAAUAAAGCUGCAGAAACCUUGGAGGUGCAAAAGCGGCGUAUAUAUGACAUAACAAAUGUCUUGGAGGGAAUUGUUCCCGAAUCCGUAGAACUCAUGCAUGGCCUGAUUAAAUGGUUGACCAGGGGUGCUGAUGCUUCUAAUUCGGGGAAUGCAGAUGGCAAUUCCUCUCAAUUGCAGGCAGAAAUCGAAAAGCUUUCACUGGAAGAGCAAAAUCUAGACAAUCAAAUUAGAGAAACACAGGAGAGACUGAGAACUUUGAGUGAAGAUGACAACAACCGAAAGUGGCUUUUCGUUACUGAAGAUGAUAUUAAGACGCUCCCUUGUUUUCUGAAUGAAACUCUCAUAGCUAUUAAAGCUCCCCAUGGAACAACUUUGGAAGUUCCUGAUCCUGCUGAAGCUGUUGAUUAUCCACAGAGGAGAUAUCGCAUAAUCCUUAGAAGUACAAUGGGUCCUAUUGAUGUCUAUCUUGUCAGCAAAUUUGAGGAAAAUUUUGAGGAGGCCAAUGAAGUAGGCCCCUCAACUAGCUUUCCACCACAUGCUUCUAGCUCAAGUUCAAGUGUAAACCCACAGAUGGAGAUGGUUUCUACUACUCAGAGAACCGAGAAAGCCGCGGAACCUCCAGUAUUGCAAGAUGCUCAUCAUCAUAUGUUCUCAGACUUCAAUGCUUCACCGGAAUAUGUAGGAGGAAUGAUGAAGAUUGUUCCUUCAGAUGCCGAUAAUGAUGCAGAUUAUUGGCUUCUUUCUGAUGCGGGUGAUGUUAGCAUUACCGACAUGUGGAAGACAGAUGGUAUCCUUGCAGAUUUUUACUCUUCUCCUUCAACUCCCCCACGACCUUCCGACUUUGGGAUGGAGGAAGUCCACACUCCUCUGCCGCAGACUCCAUCAUCAAGGAUUGGUUGACAAGUCUUCUGGCGUAUUGUAAGAUCGACUCCUGGCUAAGGCAAUACGGGACUGUACAAGUCGAGCUAAGAUCAAGCAAAUGGUCAUCUUUUUUCACCGAAGGCAACGAUCAUCACUGCCUAAAGGACUCAACAUGCAGAGGCUCAAUUCUCCAGGAAGCUGACAGAUGGGGUAAGCUAACUAACAUGGCGUAUACUCUAAUGUUACCUUUACGCCGUUUGUUGAAAGUUGGAAAAGAUAGAGAAAUAGGAAAAACGAGGUGAGUGAAUGCUUUGCUAUGGAGUUGGGUAGUGUAGGACACAAAUCAUAAUAGAAUUUGGAGAGAAGAAAUCAAGAAGUCGGAUUUGCAACUAAUUGUCUGAGAAUGUGAAUGUCCUUUGUAAUUGUGAUACCGAGUACUAUAGAAGAAUUCGUUUCAACCUUGGGAGGAAAACAAAUGUAGCUGUUCUCACGUGGGACAAAAACAAAGCACGAGAUGAUUGUUGAACAGCAUUUCUCAACCAGAGUUUUCAUUUUUUGUAGUUGUCUAUCAUCAUAGUUUUGUACACACUUCAAGUAAAUUAUUAACAUGAUGUCAGUCAUGGCUGUAGUCUUAGAACUGCCCUCGUUUUCUUGGGGUGAAUUCACCACCUGUCUUAUGUCAAGCACUGUUGUUUACUUCAAAUAUUAGAUCGAUCUCGCAAGACGCAAGUAAUUCAUUGAUGGAACUUCACUCUCUACCAUUUUGAGAGUCAUAUGUCAAGUACUGUUGUUUAAGUAAAGAGUGUACGAUCACUGAUUCUGAUAUUGUAUGGUAU